UAUUGAACACACGUUUACAGGCCUGCAGGUUCUGAAAAUGUGGCUCUGUCUAGCUAGAAUUCUAAUGAUAAUUUGCUGUUUUGUCUGUAGUGACGGGCAAUUUAUCAAGAAUCCAGAAUUAGAAUGGGACAUUAUGUCUAAAAUGACGAGGAAAGUAUCAUCUGGGCCUGUGCGAAAUGAUUUCAGAAGUGGGAGACCUUCUCAAUCUUCUAAUUCUGAAUUUAUAAUGCCUCCAGACUUUGUUGUAGUGUCCUCAGCUAUAGAUCAGAAAGCCCUUUUCAGGCCUGAAAGAGGUGCAAGGCCACUGCCAAAUUCAGUCAAGAGUUUAUUGUUCCCUAGUGCUCCCGAGCCUCCCAUAGACUCCACUCAACCUAAGGUGGUUGAACUGUUGUGCCACCUUGACAGGAUUUAUGUGAGGGUUAAAAGAGAUGCCUUUAAGACUUUGGACGCAUACAAGUCAUUAAAACUGGGCACUUGUCCUGUCAACCAAGGUACCAAAAGCCAUUAUUAUUUUCUGUACUUGCUGACGUCAGACUGUGGUUUCACGAAAGAGAGCAAUGUAGAUGAUCUGACUGUAAAAAAUGUCAUUCGCUACCUGCCAACUACAGCGGUUUUAAGAGAGAUGCCUUUUGAUGUAACUGUUCAGUGCAAAUAUCAAAGGUUGCAUCACUCCUACAAGGUUGGCAUACACCCCAAUCUAUUGGGGGGAACAUUGUUUAAAUCUCUUAGAAGUAAUCUUCCUGUUCAACUCAUACUUCAAGAUGCAUUUGGUAAUGCGAUGACCAGACCCUACGUUUUGGGAGAUCCAAUGAUCUUUGAGGCUAGACUACCCAGUGAUACAAUAACCUCUGCAGAUGAAAGGAUGUAUAUCAGCAAGUGCUUCAUAACACCAUCUCAAUUUCCUAACUCAAGUCCUAAGUACACCAUCAUUGAUAAUUAUGGUUGCAUGGUAGAUGGUAAGGAGUCUGCAGCGUCAAGGUUCCUUGACGGGUCGUCAAGGAUGACACAAAAGUUCACAAUAAAUGCUUUAAUUUUAACAGAAAUGGCAUCUAGUCCAAACCCAAAGAAACUCUACAUGCACUGUGAAGUCUCUGUGGGAAAACAACCUGCAACUCAAGGUCACAAAGCUUGCAAUUAUGACACAAGCACCAAAAGGUGGAUGGAGUUGCACGGAAAUCACUUUGUGUGCUCUUGCUGUGACUCAUCCUGCUUUCCAGGGAAGCAGAGGGGUAUAGUCUUAUGUUUUGUUCUUUUAUAUACAUCAAAGAAGUUGACAUCUUUUACCAAACAGACUUCUAUAUUCCACCAGCCUCCAAGAAUAUAGUCACCAGCCAACCCUGGGAAGUGGACUUGGACGAUGAUUUGAAGAUGAAAACAUUUGAUGCCAACUUUGGUUUUGAUGAUGAGGAAAUGACUACAGAUGAACAGAAUCAGUGGGAUAACAAUUAAAUGUUUUGUAAUAAAUUAAAAGGUGUGUGAUUAUCC